CCCGCCCCGCGCGCGCCGCCGCCGCCGCCGUGUCCCCGCGCCUCCAAGAUGCCCGGGCAGCGGCGGGGAGGCUCCCGCGGCCCGCCGGUUCCCGACCACCUUCCCUGGUUUUUCAUGCUGAAUCAGGAUCGUGUUAACUAAAGAUGGAAACACUGGAGUCAGAAUUGACCUGCCCAAUCUGCCUGGAGUUAUUUGAGGACCCCCUCCUGCUGCCCUGUGCCCACAGCCUCUGCUUCAGCUGUGCCCACCGCAUCCUGGUGUCCAGCUGCUCCUCCAGCGAGUCCAUCGAGCCCAUCACCGCCUUCCAGUGCCCCACCUGCCGCUAUGUCAUUUCCCUCAACCACCGGGGCCUGGAGGGCCUCAAGAGAAAUGUGACCCUGCAGAACAUCAUCGACCGCUUCCAGAAGGCCUCCCUGAGCGGCCCCAACUCCCCCAGCGAGAGCCGCCGCGAGAGGACCUACCGCAACAGCCCUACCAUGUCCGUGGCCAGCGAGAGGAUCUCCUGCCAGUUCUGCGAGCAGGAUCCGCCCCGGGACGCUGUCAAGACCUGCAUCACCUGCGAGGUGUCCUACUGUGACCGCUGCCUGCGGGCCACCCACCCCAACAAGAAGCCCUUCACCAGCCACCGGCUGGUGGAGCCGGUGCCCGACGCGCACUUCCGUGGACUCACGUGCCUGGAGCACGAGAACGAGAAGGUGAACAUGUACUGUGUCGCUGAUGACCAGCUCAUCUGUGCCUUAUGUAAACUGGUGGGCCGCCACCGGGACCACCAAGUGGCAUCGCUCAGCGAUCGCUUCGAGAAGCUGAAGCAAACCCUGGAGACGAAUCUCACCAACCUGGUUAAACGCAACAGCGAACUGGAAAACCAGAUGGCCAAGCUGAUACAGAUCUGCCAGCAAGUGGAGGUGAACACAGCCAUGCACGAGGCCAAGCUGAUGGAGGAGUGUGAUGAGCUGAUGGAGAUCAUCCGCCAGCGCAAGCAGGUCAUCGCUGUCAAGAUCAAGGAGACAAAGGUGAUGAAGCUGCGGAAGCUGGCUCAGCAGGUUGCCAACUGCCGGCAGUGCCUUGAGCGCUCCACGGUCCUCAUCAACCAGGCCGAGCACAUCCUGAAGGAGAACGACCACGCACGGUUCCUGCAGACUGCCAGGAACGUGGCUGAGAGGGUCGCCAUGGCAACUGCAUCCUCGCAAGUUCUGAUACCAGAUAUCAAUUUUAAUGAUGCCUUUGAAAACUUUGCUUUAGAUUUUUCCAGAGAGAAGAAGCUGCUGGAGGGGCUGGAUUAUCUAACGGCACCGAACCCGCCGUCGAUCCGCGAGGAGCUCUGCACGGCCUCGCACGACACCAUCACCGUGCACUGGAUCUCAGAGGACGAGUUCAGCGUCAGCUCCUACGAGCUCCAGUACACCAUCUUCACCGGCCAGGCCAACUUCAUCAGUCUCUACAACUCCAUGGACAGCUGGAUGAUCGUCCCGAACAUCAAGCAGAACCACUACACGGUGCACGGGCUCCAGAGCGGCACCCGCUACAUCUUCCUGGUGAAGGCCAUCAACCAGGCGGGCAGCCGGAACAGCGAGCCCGCCCGCCUCAAGACCAACAGUCAGCCAUUCAAGCUGGACCCCAAGAUGGCUCACAAGAAGCUGAAGAUCUCCAACGAUGGGCUGCAGAUGGAGAAGGAUGAGAGCUCCUUGAAGAAGAGCCACACGCCAGAGAGGUUCAGUGGGACGGGCUGCUAUGGGGCAGCUGGCAACGUCUUCAUCGACAGCGGCUGCCACUACUGGGAGGUCGUGGUGGGAUCCUCCACCUGGUACGCCAUCGGCGUGGCUUACAAGUCGGCCCCCAAAAAUGAGUGGAUCGGGAAGAACUCCUCUUCCUGGGUUUUCUCCCGCUGCAACAACAACUUUGUGGUGCGGCACAACAACAAGGAGAUGCUGGUGGAGGUGCACCCGCAGAUGAAGCGCCUCGGCGUCCUCCUGGACUAUGACAACAAUGCACUCUCCUUCUACGACCCGGCCAACUCCCUCCACCUCCACACCUUCGAAGUCUCCUUCAUCCUGCCAGUGUGUCCCACCUUCACCAUCUGGAACAAAUCCCUGAUGAUCCUCUCGGGGCUGCCUGCCCCGGAUUUCAUUGAUUACCCCGAGCAGCAGGAGUGUAACUGCCGGCCCCAGGAGUCCCCGUACGUGUCAGGAAUGAAAGCCUGUCACUAGGCUGCCCAGGCCUGCCCGUGCCCCACGGCGGCACUGACCGUGCUGGUGGGUGCCAGUGGUCAGAGCUGCCGGCUGGGAGCCCCCUGGCAGCCGUGCCGGAGAGCCGCCGUGCCACCCCAGCAACCGAGCGCCGUCCACAACCAGCUCCGUCUUGUUUUAAGGGAAAAGUGGAAGAACCUCGAACCGCAGCUGGAAAUAAACUGCUGGUGGUGAGCUCCAGCGUGCAUGAGAGCAGCUGGAGCAGCACCUUGACGGUGGCUCCCAUCCAUCCCUCCCCAAGUGGAUUGUCACCCGUCUUCCUUCAGGGGCUGGAAAGGUUGGGGUGGGUUUCAGGGUGACCUGAGGUGCCGUGGUGGUCAGGGGACAGCCCGUGUGUCCUGCGAGGCACCGACUGGGACAGGAGGGAUGGGUUCUGGAGCCUGCUGGCAGCUGGUCUGUGGAGCUAGAGCCACUGAGCAGUGCUUUUCAGGGAGAUCUUUCCGUGUGGCUGAGGCUCAGUAGCUUCCCUGGUGGGGUGAAUAAUGCGUGGAGCCCUUGGGCUUGGUGAGCACUGACGUGGUGGAUGGAUGGUGGUUAUGUGGUGGGGGGUGAUGGUUAUGUGGCUAAUGGUCUGUGAGAGCAGAGGCAGCACUGAGGACGGUCCCACUGCCUGUCCAUGCUGCAGCUGGCCUGUUCCCAAAGCAUUUUCUGGGUCUGCAGUCCCACAGUGGAGAGCCACGGAUCCCCACCCCACCACUUCUCCUCCUUUGAGAGCUCCCCAGUAGCCAGGGAGGCCUGCAUCCUUGAGGAGCUUUGGCCCCUGGCACGGAGGUUUGGCAGCUGCUCCUUCCCAACGCGGGGUCUGGACGGCGGUGCCCUUGCUCCAUUAGUGUCCUGUCUGGUGUCCCAGCAGAAACAAACUCAUCUUUCUGCUCUGAACCCACAGUAUAGUCCUGUCUGAAGAUCAUCUCUAUGCUUUAUGACCCAAAUCUCAAUUUAUGACCCCAGAUCUUGGCUCCUGGUUUGUUCUCUGCCAUGCCAGGGGAUUGGACUGGGUGAAUUUUAAAGGUCCCUUUCAGCCCAAACUAUUCCAUGAUUCUGUGGCAGUGGGAGCACAAAGCCAUCCUGUUUACUCUGUGGCAAAGGACUGGAGCCCCAAGGGCUCUAGACUCUGGUUACUGGGAGCUCUUCGGCUGCUGCCAGUGCACCCAGUAACCCCAAACAUCAAGUCCCCUGGUCAGGCUCCAUUUUCUAGAUUUAGUUAAGAGGCCAGGAGGAGCUGGGCCAGCACACAGUCCCUGUGGCACAGCUGGGGUCUGUGGCACACUUUGGGUCUGGUGAGUGGGAGGGUGGCCAGAACAUCGGAGAGGGACAAGGAGGUCAGGCAUUGUGGUGCGGCCCAAGGUGGCUGGUGCUUGAGCUUUGCUCCAUGGGAUUUGAAACCCCUUUUCCUCCUCUGGAUGUGGUGCCUCAGUGGGACUGGGGACCACUGAGCCGGGACCUCCCAGGUCUGCCAGCUGUUCCCUUCCUUUGGAGCUUGCUGAUAGGUAAGUUUGCCCCUGCUUGCCAAACCUGAUUUCCUUCUAUGACAGGGUGACCCUCCCCUAGUUGAUCUAGGAAAGCCAGUAGAUGGAAUCUAAAAGCAAACUGUCCAGCCCACAGCUGAAUAACCGUGUUAAACAGUGGGUGAGCAACUGGCUCAUGGGUCAGGCACAGAGGGCACAAAGACAGUGACUGAGGUGACAUCAGGCUGGCAUCAGUCACUAGUGGGGUUCUGCAGGGCUCCAUCCUCAGCCCCGUUCUCUUCAACAUAUUAAUUAACAACUUGGAUGCAGGACUCAAAGGAAUACUAAGUUUGCUGAUGACACUAAAUUGGGAGGAGCUGUUGACUGCC